AUGGUUGCGUCGUGGAUCCUCCAGGCUGCUUGCUACUUCGGCCUUUUAACCUGUAGCACGCCCCCAGGAACUUGGCCGUCAGCUCCGACUGUCAUUACAUCGACACCUCCUUCGCGAGUCACGUCGACGACCUCGGCCGCUGGGACUCCCACUGCUACUCCGUCGCUCACUUCGUCUUCUACUACGCUCGUUACCUCUUCUACCAUGUCUCUGACCUCGUCGAGCGUGGUGGUCUCGCCCACGGCGACCGCCAUUGCGCAGGGCUCGGUCCUGGCCAACAUCCUGGUCAUUGCCAGGGACUCGGCCUCGGCCAAGGUGGCCUCGUCGGGCCUCAAUGGCUACGGCAUUCCGUUCACAACCCUGCUGGUACCCCAGUCGGGUGUCCAGCUGCCGGCCCUGAACAGCUCCUCCGGAGGAAACUUCGGAGGUAUCGUUGUGGCGGGCGAAGUCAGCUAUGACUAUGGCAACACGACCGGCUACCAGAGCGCCCUGACCACGGACCAGUGGAACCAGCUGUACGCGUACCAGCUGGCCUACGGAGUGCGCAUGGUGCAGUACGAUGUCUACCCGGGUCCCAACUUCGGCGCCACGGCUGUUGGCGGCGGAUGCUGCGACACCGGCGUCGAGCAGCUCAUCUCGUUCUCGGACACCAGUGACUUUGCCACGUCUGGAUUGCGCACCGGUGCUGGAGUCAGCACGCAGGGCCUCUGGCAUUAUCCCGCUACUAUCAGCAACACUACCACGACCAAGGAGAUUGCCAAGUUUGCUGCCAACUCGGUCACCUCUGGUGAGACCACUGCUGCUGUCAUCAACAACUUCUCCGGCCGCGAGCAGAUGGCCUUCUUCAUCGGCUUCGACACCACGUGGAGCGCGACCUCCAACUACCUGCAGCAUGCUUGGAUCACCUGGAUUACCCGCGGACUCUACGCUGGACACCGUCGGGUCAACCUCAACACGCAGAUCGAUGACAUGUUCCUGGAGACCGACAUCUACUAUCCCAAUGGCACGAUCUUCCGCAUCACCACCAAGGACAUGGACGGGAUCGCCAAUUGGAUCCCGACCAUCACGGCCAAGAUGAACGCGGGCAGCAGCUACUUCGUCGAGGUCGGCCACAACGGCAACGGGAACCUCGAGGCGUCAUCGUCGACGGAUGCCGGCUACACCGCGUGCAAUGGCGGCGGCAUCGAGUACGACUCUCCCCCCGACACGCCGCUGGAGUGGGUGAAGCCGCUGGGCACAGGCACCAACCUCUGGCCGACCACGCCGACCAGCUACAACUGGACGACCGCGUGCACGCAGCUGGACGACCUGCUGCUGUGGUGGACGACCGUCGAGAACCGCGACAAGUUCGGGCACAUCUCGCACACGUUCACGCAUCUGGAGCAGAACAACGCGACGUACUCGGACGUGGUCAAGGAGAUCAGCUUCAACCAGGCGUGGCUGAAGCAGACGGGCCUCGACACGGCCAAGUACUUCACGGCGAACGGCAUCAUCCCGCCAGCCAUCACGGGCUUGCACAACGGCGACGCGCUACGCGCCUGGUGGGAGAACGGCAUCAAAAACUGCGUCGGCGACAACACGCGCCCGGCCCUGCUCAACACCCAGAACGACAUGUGGCCCUACUUCACCACCACGGCCGCCGACAACUUCGACGGCAUGCAGGUCAACCCGCGCUGGGCCACCCGCAUCUACUACAACUGCGACACGCCCGCGUGCACCGUGCAGGAGUGGAUCGAUACCUCGGCCGGCUCGGGCGACUUCCAGACCCUCCUCGACACUGAAAAGGCCGACACCAUGCGCCAUCUGUUCGGCCUGCACCACGACCCCUACAUGUUCCACCAGGCCAACCUGCGCAACGCCGACACCACCCCGAUCACCGUCAACGGGGUUUCGGGCCAGUACUCGAUCUUCCAGGCCUGGGUGGAGACGCAGGUGCAGGAAUUUGUGCGGCUAGUGGAGUGGCCCUUGGUCACCGUCACGCACGCCGAUAUGUCCGCGGGCUUCCUCUCGCGCUACAACCGCGACCAGUGCAACUACUCGCUCUCGUACGCCAUCGCCAACAAGCAGAUCACCGGCGUGACCGUGUCGGCCAACGGCAACACCUGCAGCGAGCCCAUCCCCGUCACCUUCCCCGUCGCCCCGACCAGCACGCUGGGCUUCACCACUGAGCAGCUCGGUAGCGACCCGCUGACUGUGUGGGCGAAGCUGUCGGGCUCGCCGGUGACCUUCACUCUCUCUACCCCGAUCGCGCUAUGCACGUUUUCAAUAUGGACUAUGGCCCUGGCUCAACCCUCCGCUAGAGAUGCAUGUCUCGCCAUGGUAACAAAUGACUCCGCAUUGCGCGCCUCAUCCUUGACCAUAAUCAACAGCAGUCUAGAACGCGACAGCAACCCCCGCCGCAUUAGUGGCAGACUAGGCAUGUACGACGAGUCGUGA